UCUCGAAGCCUCAAAUAAAUUGAUGAGCUGUUUUACAAAUUAUAGAAAUUCUCAGGCUUAGCAAAAAUGAACAAGCACAACUCCACGAAGAGCUCCUAGCGUUUUCUUCGAUUUUACCACAAAAUCACUCGAAUCAUUGAAGAUGACGCAAUAUUAAUUGAAAUUUUUGCUAUGGGAGAGGACGAAGUAGGACAACAUGAAGGAUAGUAAAAAAAAGCUCGAUAUAUUCCUUGUUUGAAGCGGGGAGUCUUAUGCAAGUUGAAAAACUGUUGACUGUCUGAAACAAUUUUUUCGAUUAUCAAAAAGAAUCUAGAAAUGUAGAUACUUUACUUUCAGAGCCCCAAAGACACCCUGGAAGAAUUGCAAGGGCUAUGAUCAUUAUCCUCGACAAAAAAUAUAAUCGUUUAUCAUUUUACUGAUUCGAAUUGUACCUAUGAUGAAAAGAAAAUCGUGUCUGGCAUUUUACAAAACUCUGAUAAGCGGGGGAUAAGCCAAAAAGGGUAGAAGCUGGAUGGUUCAAGCUUGUUUUGAAUUUUUAAUCAGCUAGAAAACAAAUACAAUAUAAUUGCUAUUUUUAUUGUUUUGACCGUUUUACUGAGACUUGACUAGGAGUACCACGGUGGAGGGCUCGGGGGCUCAUUCUCUUUGUUAAAAUCUAGAAGCUUCUUUGUCAAGCGUUGUUUGGAUGAAUUUUGUGUUGCCAACUCUUUAGUAUGCUAUAGAUUUGUCGGUGAAUGAGCAAUACCUUUUUCCUGAGUCCCUUGUUAUUUGGGUGUGAUCAUGAGUGGGGCAUCUAGAAGUUGGCUUGAGGCACCUCUGGGCUUGAAACAUUUUCAAUUAUAUUUAACCCUGGUUUUUGUGAAUUUUAUCAUUAAUUUUUUCGUUUAUUUGUAAAUGGCAAUGGUAAGUGUACAAUAAAGCUGUAAUAAAAGUGUUGUUACCAUAUCAUUGUUAUGUAAAUGAUCGAUAUUUACGAUAUUUACGUUACGAUAUUAUAUAAAAUUUACGUUGUAAUAAACUAAUGAUAAGCUCAUUUGAAACCAUUAAGAGUUAUCAUUUAUAAUAUAGUUAUACUUAACAGUAGAAUCAUCGGAAGUUCUGAAAGAGUAUAAUAUCGAUUUUCAGUAUCAAAUGCUCAACAAUGAUAGAAAACAAUGAGCAAUGUUUUUGCCUACAACGCAACAUAGGCAAUGUCACGUGAUAUUUUGGCGCGCUUUUGUGGAAAACGUCAGUUUUCUGUACGCGAACUUUCUUUCGCAGAAGAAGUACAACGAAACAGACGUUUGUGUGAUUUGUAGAAGAAAUUCGUUACCUUGAGAGUUUUAUGAAGGUAAUUUUCAAUCUUAAUUAGAGCGGCAAGCACCCAAAGACACUCUGAAACUGAUGUCUCUAACUAUUUUCUUAUUUGAAGAUUGAAGCUUCAUGAAAAAUGUCAAUGAUGUGCUUUCAACGUAAAAAUACAGAUAUCCUACGCCAUCGAAAGUUAAAAAAUUACUUUUUAUGUUUAUUCAGCUUUGUGGAUUGAGCUUACUUUAUAGUCUGUUUAGAAAUAAUACUAUACUUGUUAUAGUAAGAAUUUUUUAAUUAAACGGAUUUUUAAGAUCGCCAUUUGAGUAAUGAAGAACGACCGGACGUUGAUGAUAGCCACGAAGAACAACCGAUUUUAAUGAGCUUUGGCCUUCCUUGGUCUUCAAAGGAUUUGCCAUUGUUUCAGCAAUUUUUUUCAUUUACAGAAAUAAUGGAAAUUUGUGACGAAGAAGAGCUAACGGAGUAUGAGAUUAUCAGGCAAAGAAAUAUUAUUCACAACUACGAGUUCAUGAAAAGUUGUGGGCUCCCUGUUAAGCCAUUGCUGUAUGUCAAGAGAAAAAAAGUUGAAAAUGUUUCCGAUGAAGACUAUUUUUCAACUGGCUCAGAGAGUGAUAAAGAAGACAAGCCUUGGUUUCCCAAUCAAACCGAAGCUAAAAAACAGAAAAUUGAACAAGAGAAAAGCGUCGAUAAAAGGUUCAAACCAGUUUUCAAGAGAGUACGAGAGCCAUGUAAGAUAUUUGGAUUAUCAACUCAACAAAGCGAGAUACGCAAAGAAGUUGAAGAUGCUUUGAAAAGCUCAGCCAUACCUGGCUUAGGACAGAAUGAUACCGAAUACUGUAAUAAAAAGCCAUCAAAUUCAGCUGCAAAGAAAAUAACUCCAAUAAGGAAAAGGAAAGCAGACAGGACAACAUCAUUUGAAAAGUCAGUACCAGAAAAUGAAAUUAAUCAAAGGAGAUACCCAAAGCGAAAAGAAAGAGUUAAUUAUGUAGAAGCAGAGGUUCCUGACGAUGACCAUUAUCUAUUUUGCGAAGAGUGUGCCGAUUUCAAUUAUGGUGAAUGCCCUGUACAUGGUCCUUUGUUUCCUGUCGAAGAUUCCUUGGUAACGAAUACUGAAACUACAGAAACAAAAGCGCGUGCAUCAUUACCUGAUGGACUAGAAAUAAGAAAUUCAAAAAUAAAAAACGCUGGAAAUGGUGUCUUUGCCUUGAAAGAAAUUGAAAGUGGCACCAGAUUUGGACCAUAUCAAGGGAAGAAGGUACACAGGUCGUUGGUUCACGAUGGAAGAGAUACGAGUUAUAUGUGGGAGAUAAUGCGUGAUGGUGAAAUUUGCUAUUAUAUCGACGGAAAAGAUGAAAGUAUUGGCAACUGGCUGCGAUUCAUCAACUGUGCAAGAACAGAGAGUGAGCAAAACUUGGUUGCCUAUCAAUACCACAAUGAUAUAUAUUACAGAGUAUACAAGAAUGUGUGCAUUGGCGAUGAGCUUUUAGUUUGGUAUGGAGAUGAAUAUGCAGUUGAGCUUGGGAUUGAAAAUGAAGUCAAGCAGCAGGAAGAGCAACCAUGGUUUGACAAGAGUAAAAUAGCUUUUUGCAGCAAUUGUGAGAACUGUUUCAGCUCUGAAUACAUCGAGAAACACCGAAAAUGGUGCUUAACAAGAAAUGUCGAUUUAAACUCAGGACACGAUGAUUUGGCAAAAAACAUACCCAGCUUGAAGAAAUUAAAGAAGAUAUUUUCCAAAGUAGCAUCAAAGAAUAAUGGAAAUAUAAAUCAGUUUGGGGGCAAACUUUCAACUAAAAUGCCAGUAGCUGAAUCAAAGAAAUCCAAGACCGCCCCUUUCCAAUCCAAAUCCAAGGACAAUAAAGAACACAAGCCAUACAUUUGUGAUAAAUGUGGAAAAGGAUUUAGUACAUCAGGUAGCCUUGAUACACAUAAACGGAUUCAUACGGGAGAGAAGCCAUAUAUUUGUGAUACAUGUGGAAAAGGAUUUACUCAAUUGGGUAGCCUCAAUAAACAUAAACGGAUUCAUACGGGAGAGAAGCCAUACAUUUGUGAUAAAUGUGGAAAAGGAUUUAGUACAUCAGGUAGCCUUGAUACACAUAAACGGAUUCAUACGGGAGAGAAGCCAUACAUUUGUGAUACAUGUGGAAAAGGAUUUAGUACAUCAGGUAGCCUUGAUACACAUAAACGGAUUCAUACGGGAGAGAAGCCAUACAUUUGUGAUACAUGUGGAAAAGGAUUUAGUACAUCAGGUAGCCUUGAUACACAUAAACGGAUUCAUACGGGAGAGAAGCCAUACAUUUGUGAUACAUGUGGAAAAGGAUUUAGUACAUCAGGUAGCCUUGAUACACAUAAACGGAUUCAUACGGGAGAGAAGCCAUACAUUUGUGAUACAUGUGGAAAAGGAUUUAGUACAUCAGGUAGCCUUGAUACACAUAAACGGAUUCAUACGGGAGAGAAGCCAUAUAUUUGUGAUACAUGUGGAAAAGGAUUUACUCAAUUGGGUAGCCUCAAUAAACAUAAACGGAUUCAUACGGGAGAGAAGCCAUACAUUUGUGAUACAUGUGGAAAAGGAUUUACUGAAUCGGGUCACCUUGACGCACAUAAACGGAUUCAUACGGGAGAGAAGCCAUACAUUUGUGAUACAUGUGGAAAAGGAUUUAGUACAUCAGGUAGCCUUGAUACACAUAAACGGAUUCAUACGGGAGAGAAGCCAUACAUUUGUGAUACAUGUGGAAAAGGAUUUACUAAAUCGGGUGACCUCAAUACACAUAAACGGAUUCAUACGGGAGAGAAGCCAUACAUUUGUGAUACAUGUGGAAAAGGAUUUACUACACCAGGUAACCUUGAUACACAUAAACGGAUUCAUACGGGAGAGAAACCAUACAUUUGUGAUACAUGUGGAAAAGGAUUUACUGUGCCUAGAAGUCUGCAAGCUCAUCAAAGGACUCAUUUCAAAGACUAAAUUAGGACAAGGUAAAAGGUUGUGGUAAAUUUUUAUCUUUUUUUAAUUAUUUAUAUUGAUGAUUCAUUUAUUUCAAGCUGGCAUACAGACAAGCUGAUUCAUGCGGAAAAUCUUAAAAGCUCUAAAAAGAAAAAAAUAUUUAGAAACCUAUUUAUGAGAGAAGACAAAAAUUUCAUGACAAUUUUAUUUCAAGAGAAUUUUCAAAUGAUAAAAAUUUCAUGUUAAAAUUUCAUUUAACUUCAGUUAAGAAGCCCAAAAUCAAAUUCUAUGUUCCUUUAUGCCAUAAAAAUUGAAAGUUUACAUAAGUAGCAAACACAAUUCUUUUUCUAAUCACAAAAUGAAACAACUGCAGUUAAGGCUGAUUGGACAAAAUUCAGAAUGGCAGUUCUAUCUCCCCUUGCAAUUUUUAAUGUAUCUAAUUUUACUUACAGUUUAUUUGUUAAAUAAUGAAUUAUCUUUUUGAAAAUUAUCUAGUUGUACUAUUUGAAAAUUAUAUGUUUAAUUGCUCAUUAUAGCUCUUAAAGCACCAAUACAUGAGCUAAUAAAAUCUAGAACGGUAUGAAACGGGAAUACUCAGGGCAAACUUUCUGGUGUCUGCGAUUUUUAUGAAUUGAUUUUAAUUUCAAUUAAUUAAGUUCAAUAAUAACUUCCCUAGUUAAUAGUUAGUAGUAUAAUAUAUUGUUUUUCGUUCAAAUUUAUUGCUGCUUUAAUAUUUAAAGUAACCAUCUGAGAUUGUUAAAUGCUGAAUGAAACUGAGCAUUGUUUUGUUGCUUUUCUACAGAUGUUGUCUAGAGACUCCAGUUAUCUAGAGAAAUACAUUCAGAUAUUCCAUAAUUUAGCUUAAUAUAACGGUCAAUUUCACGUAACGAUUUUUGAAAAACGAUUAGCUCGAAGGCAUGAAUAUCGACAACUUGCUGAAAGAUUCUAUGAAAAAGUUUCUUCACAAAGAAGGGCAAAAUGAAACACUUAGGUCGUUUUGAAUUUCUUCAACAAGAAAAACUUGACUUUGAUUGCUUUUUUAAGCUGUUUGGGUAGACAGCUCAGUUAAAAGAACCAGUAUAGAAACAUUUCAUUUUCGAUUCAACUUGAACUACGAUUUCAAAUUUCACUACUGCAAGGUAAUGUGUAAUUGAUAUAAUAACGAUAAAUGUAAGUAAACUGUACCAGGAAAGAUUUUUUUUAGAUAAAUAACGACGUUUCGAGCAUAGCCUGUUUUCACUUGAAGGGCUAAAGCUGACUAUGCUCCAAACGUCUUUAUUUAUUCUAAAAAUUAUUUUACAAUUUACUUACAUUUAUCGUUAUUAUAGCAUUAUAUUGUACCGCACGCAAUCUAGUAUAUUAAUGUGUAAUUGGAAAGCCUGGUUUUGCAAGAAAAACAAUUACAAGAGUGAGUUAAAAAUUGCCAGAUAUCAUGACCUAAAAAUUUAUGAUUACUUAAACCGGAAGUAAAGUUGGAUUUGUCAUAGAAAGUUUGGCGAUGAGUUGCGCACAUUUCAAGAAA